AUGGCACCUUUUCUUCGAGCUCCGCGCAGACUCAUGGACCGCACCAGCACUACGAUGAGCGAUGCCCGUAUACAGCCAGAAGCGAGUCUCAUUGCAGUACUCCCCGACACAUCCACCACAACCGCUUUCGGCACAUCUGGCAACCUCCAACUGUCACCAUUGACGAACACCCUUUUCCAAGCAUAUGCCACCAGUUCCGCUACCUCUACAUCAAAGGCUGAAGUCGUCCCAGACGGUAUCCCCGAGUUUACGCACAGUGCAGUCUGGAUCCUCGCGGGUGGUCUCAGCUUUGGCUUCGUCGCUGCCAUUUGUCUAUUUCUCAUCGAAUUCUAUCCGCGUCAUUCUCGUGGUGGUGGUAGUAGUAGAAGUAGAAGUAGCAGCGUCCAGUUUCAGAGGAAGAAAAAGCGUGAGUACUAUGAGGUGCCUCAGGUGGACAUUGAGCUGGAUUCAUACGGUACCAGUCGCGCAUCGGGCACGCCGGAUUGGCAGAAAAGCUGGCCACUUGCGGCGAAUGCGGAUGAGCAUGAAGAAGAAGAUGUUGAGGGUGAACCCAUGCUUCGAAGGAGGAGGAGAAGGAGGAACAGGAAGCCGAGGAAUCUGAGCGUCGAUACAAGCGUGCAGUACAGUGGCUUGGGCAUCGCUGUGCCUGAUGAGAAGCCACCUCCAUCUCGGCCAGAGAGUGCUCGCUAUGCAGAGUACAGUGCAUCUCCAAGUUCUUCGAUCAGCAGUCCUCAACUUCAGCUUCGGCAUUGGACGCCUCUCCCGAUGACUGAAAUGGCUCCCCUAACGACAGCUCGAGAACCGUACUAUAAUCAACCUCACGAUGAGGCCGAGCUCGCUUGGGACGAAAUCUCACUGUCGCCCAACUCAAGUCUCCCCACGAUACGCCUCCGUUCCCCAACGAUGCUGCGCAAAACGAUGAAUGAUAAGAGGAAGCAACCAAACAUUUCCCAACAGCAGCAGAAACGAGCUACCGAUCUCGAAUCCGGAUUUUUCGAGCCACCUCCCAACUCGAGCAGAGCAAGACAUUCGACUCUCAGUCUCUGGUUGGAAAAAGGUGAAAAUGCAAUCGACUAUGUGGCUACGAAGCUGGCCACGAUCAUGUACGAGCAGGUGAAAAAUCCGGAGGAAGGGUUGUUGUUGCCUGUGAGGGAUUGCGAGAGGGAGAGGAAAAGCGAUGGGGUAAUGGUGGGGAUUUCUUGA